AUGGAGUGCAUGAUGCAGAACUUGGCUGACUCGCUGGCGGAUAACAUGGGCGCACCGCUGCCUGUCGGGCGGCACGACCUGCUGUCCACCUUCAUGGUACACAGCCAGCGGCGCAAAGUGACGUCGUCGGCGAAGAGGAAGAGGGACCCCAAGGCAACGAAUUUGCGGCAGACGCCCGAGGGGUCGUUCUGGGAUCUCAUGGCCAAUGCCAGGGAUGUGCUGAGCCUAUGCGGGGUGGACACGCCAGAGUUGACGCCAGUGCAGGAAUACCUGAGCACCGGCCCGUCCUUCAUUUUCCUCUUCCACCCAGCGCUGGGCCCCCUCUGGGAGGUCGUGGCGCAGAAAAUCCAGGGCGGUGCCCUGACCCGCGGCUCAGAGCUCGUCCUGGAGGUCGCUGAGGCGAGGCUGCACAACGUCGUCGUCGACGGAAGCCUCCUCGUUGAGGCGGACGACGUCAUGGGCCACAUGGCGGUCGCCGCCGCACCCACCCCAACUGUUGGGGCGCGGAAUGGAGACGGCCCCGUGGGGGACUCGACCGGGAUUUCGCGCGACGACUGGACGGAAAGUCCGUCUGCGAGCGACGACUCGACUUCGGGACGCGACGAAGACGCGGGCCCGUCGACGAACGGCUCCUUCGCCCGACCGGAGGACUCGGGGGCCGCUGAAAGGCGUCUGGUGUUUGGCUGCGGCUGCGGCAGGGUGUGGAUGGAGAACGUGAGGAUUCGAAACCGGGGCGUCGACUGGACGAACCCGGGCAACGUGUACUGGAAGUGCGAGGUCGCACGCCACCAGGCGGCGCGCGUGGUGCUGCGCGGCCGCUCGGAGUUCUCUGCCGUCGACGUGGAGAUCGACGGCGACCAGGUGUUCGAGGUGCCGCACGGGUGCCGCAUGGACGUCCGCGGGGACGGGCGCGGGGGUUUCGUCGCGACGCUCGCCUCGGUCGACGAACCGUCUUGGGAGUGGACGUACGAGCCGCGAGAGGACGGCGGCGUGCGGCUGGAGCUGUUGCAGGAGCGGGGCCGCUGCUGA